AUGCUGAAUUGGAACUGUUUGCAUAUCUGUAACCACGAGCAACAACACAUUGAUAAUCCGGUCAGUAAGGGGUUAACAUCGGAGACACGCCGCUACAAGAACUGGACCAUCAAGCCACUAGCUCUAUCCAGACGAAGGAAGCCGUCAGCCUUCCGAAACGCGUCGAUAGGUUUGUGGACCAUAGAGGAUACCGUAGUGACGUCACUCAGAUCCAAAUCACCUCCACCUGAUUCACCUAACAGCGAGCGUGCAGAGUUGAACGGUAUAAAGGGGCUUCAUUCGCAUUUUUUUCAACCUCUGGAGUACCCUCAGGGAGAGCCCACAGCAUCAAGCAUUUUCCUCUACAAUACCCAUACAGAAUCAGUAAUACAGCUCUUGAACAGGAAAAUCACCCCUUCAGCUUACCACAUCAGCCAUUCAAACCACCAUCGCUCGCACCAGCGCGACCGAUCAUUUAAAGGUGAGCACUUCCUCACACCACCUACAGUUUCAUCCAUACCAUCAGGAUCCUUCCCUCCUCCUACAGCAGCAUCAGUGCAGACCUGCAUCCUCAGAAGGGGGAGGGGAGAUGAGGAGCCCUGUACGUCCUCUCUCCUCCUGCUCUGGCUUCAUUCUCUCAUGCCGACCUGCGUCCUCCGCGAGGGGAAGAUGAGGGGGGCGUGGCUUAUUUCUCUCAUGCAGACGUGUGUUCUCCGGGCUCUCACUUCGCUCCCCCCAGCUCUAACUUCGGAAACCUUACAUAUUCCUAAGAUGGGCGUGAAAGAGGCCGCCCAGUCACGGAAAAAAGGAACAGAGAAAAAAAAGGCCCUGACGCAUUGUUCACAGCCUAAUCCUAACAUGGCCGAUGCCGUGGACGACAGUAAGAGAUCCAACGCUGAACUACAGAACUUCCUGGCCCACAAACAGAACCAGGAGCUUUUCAAUAUGUGAAGACCUCUCUCACAAAUGAAGCCAUUAACAACCUAAAGAAGUCCUUACAGCUCUUUCAUAAAGAAUAUCUGAAGAUGUUGCCCACGAGGCAGGAGAGUGCCCGGAAUACUGUUAUAGACAGGAGUUGAGCUCUCUGAGAUUGGAUUGACAGGAGAUGGACAUUAAACUGACUGAUUUGGAUACUGAUCACACUUCUUUGCUGGUUACCACGGAAUAUGUCCAGUCUGAAGUCGCCCUGCAUGAUCACCAUAUCUUCCAGUUAUAUCGCCUCCACAAUGACGUGGAAAUUAGGAGCUGGCAAAAUAAUAUCAGAUCGGGGGGCUCCCUAAAGCUACAAAACCUGCUGACCUCAUUCCGACACUCCAGGGACUUUUUAGCUCUCUUCUGGACCUUUCUGUGGGGGACGAAUUUGAAGUCGACUGUGCACAUAGAGCUUUGGGUCCUAUG